AUGGCUGGACGAGAGCAGCAGCGCGGUCGCAAGAGGGGCGUGCUGUCCACGGGUGAGCAGCGUUUCCUGCUCGUCCGGCACGGACAAACGACCUUCAAUGCAGAGAAGCGAUUUCAAGGCUCCAUGGAUGAGGGCUCCGUUCUAACUGCCAAGGGCAUCUCCCAAGCAGAGGAGCUGGGCCAGUGGCUGAAGGGAAAUCCGGUUGCAGCCGUCUUCGUUUCGCCGCUGCUGCGAGCGCGGCAGACUCUGGAAGUGGCCAGGACGGUCGCAGGUGAAGUGCUGCCACCCACAGAGACUAAGCUGUCCGAGCUGCGAGAGAUUGACCUCUACGAGUGGCAGGGCCGAACGCAGGACGAGAUCCGGGCGGAGGAUCCGGAACUCAUGAGAUUGUGGAAGGAGGAAACUUGGAACCUCCAGGUCAGUGGGCGUUAUGUGGUGCGAGACCUGUGGCGCCGUUCCAUCGAGGCCUGGCAUCGGAUGCGGCAGGUGGCCCCCAGCGGAGAAGAAAGGUCGUUGGUCGUCGCCCAUGGAGCAAUUAUCAAGGCCCUGAUCAGCACUGCCCUCGGCUUGCCGGAGCAGGGCUUCCGACAUCUCGCCAUGUCCAACGGUGAGGUGGUUGAGGUGGCUUGGUCAGGCUCCGAAGCCAAGUGGCGCAAGCUUCAUCCCGACAAAGGGCCUUGGAGAUGCUUGGCAGACGAGGAGCAGGCCAUGAAGGCCAACGGUGGCAAAGAUCUCAGCAACAUGGAUGCCGCAUAG